AAAUAAAUAAGCAGCGCCCUGCCGCCCUCCCCCUGCUUUGCAAGGCGCCGGCCGCGGGGACACAGCGGGCCGCAGCGGUGGGGCCAGGAUGCGGCAGGGGAGAGCAGGGGGGGCAGCAGCCUUCGCCGCAGCGAAAGGCAACAUGGAGGGAGGCGCGGAGCGGGCCAGCCCCUGAUGCGGCGCUUUCUCCGCCUCCUCCGGGCAGCGGCGAUUCCCUUCCUCCCUCCCGGCGGCGGUGGCUGCGGCGGCGACGGGUGGAAAUGAACAGGUCGGCGGCGCUUCUCCUCUGCCUGCUGGGCUGCAACGUGUGGAAGGCGGUGACCAAAACCCUGGGGGCGCCCGGUGCCGCUCGAGAAGUGACGCUGAAGGUCCAUGUAAGCGAUGCCAGCACACAUCAGCCGGUAACUGAAGCCUUCAUUGAGAUUUUUACCAACCAGAUUUCCAUUGCCUCUGGAACCUCAGGAGCAGAUGGCACUGCCUUCAUCAAGUUUCAGUAUAAGCUGGGCAAUCAGCUGAUUGUUACUGCUACUAAACAUGCUUAUGUGCCAAAUUCUGCACCAUGGAAACCCACAAGAUUGCCUGUGUUUUCUUCUCUGAGCCUUGGACUUCUUCCUGAACGAUCAGCUACUCUAAUGGUCUAUGACGACGUAGUCCAGAUAGUCUCGGGAUUUCAAGGUGCACGGAUUCAACCACGAGUUCACUUUCAAAGAAGAGCCCUAAAGUUGCCUGAGAACACCAGCUACAGUGAUCUGACAGCAUUUCUAACUGCAGCCAGUUCACCUUGGGAAGUGGACAGUUUUCCUUAUUUACAAGGAUUAGAUGGAAAUGGAACUGGAAAUAGCACCAGGUAUGACCUUACCCCUGUCACUGCAGUCAGUGUUCAUUUGCUCAACAGCGAUGGGGCUCCAAUCCCAGUGAAUGGCCCCAUCUAUGUAACAGUGCCUCUGCCAACAAACAGCAACCUGAAGCACAAUGGCCAUGUUCCAGCCUGGAGGUUUGACCAAAAAUUUGGGACAUGGUUGAAGAGUAGUUUAGGGCUUGUACAACAAGAAGGAAAUCAGCUGACCUGGACAUACAUUGCCCCACAGUUGGGUUAUUGGGUUGCAGCCAUGUCUCCUACUAACCCAGGUCCCAUUGUAACACAGGACAUUACCACCUAUCACACAAUGUUCCUUUUGGCAAUUCUAGGAGGAAUGGCUCUCAUUCUUGUGGUUUUGCUGUGUCUUCUUUUGUAUUAUUGCAGGAGGAAGUGUUUGAAACCACGUCAGCACCGUAAGAAACUGCAGCUUUCUACAGCAUUGGAUGGUUCUAAGAAGGAUCAAUCAACCUCCAUGUCCCACAUCAAUUUAAUAUUUUCCCGACGGGAGUCAGAAUUUCCUGGUGGGAUGUCUGUUGCCAGCAAUGGGCACACUGAAAACUCAGGCGUUAAGGAGUUAAUCAGUGCUGUCCACAUGGAGAUGGUAUCUUCUAGUGGAGAAGCAGAUUUGCACACUCCUAUGCUCAAACAUUCAUACAGCACCUCACAGGAGUUUAGCUCCCGAGAGGAACUGCUUUCUCAUAAGGAGAAAGACAAGAGCCGAAUCUCCUUGGAGAACCUGACUCCUAGUGGGACUUUAAGAAAAGGCUCCCAUAAGUCAGUGGAUACUUUUCCUUCAAAAUUAAGAAACUCCAUGGAAACAUCAGAAGGAUAUGAGUCCCCUAUCAAAGAAGAUUACAGGAGAAGUUACAAUGCUAUGCUGUCUCAGCCUUUAUUUGAAAAGCAAGAGAGAGAGAUUCAAGCAUCCAUAAACCAUAUUUCUUCAGGAAGUAAAUACAAUAUUCAGGAACAAAUGUACCCCUCCCCAUCAGCCCCUGAAAAAGAACUGCUAGAUUGCAGACCUACUGAAUGUAUGAUGUCUCGUUCUGUCGAUCAUCUUGAACGACCUACAUCUUUUCCUCGACCAGGUCAGUUGAUCUGCUGCAAUUCUGUUGACCAAGUUAAUGACAGUGUUUACAGAAAAGUAUUGCCUACAUUGGUCAUCCCAGGUCAUUACAUGAAGUUACCAGGAGAACAUCCUUAUGUUAGCCAACCGCUGGUUGUCCCAGCUGACCAGCAGCUUGAUAUUGAAAGACUUCAGGCUGAGCUUUCUAACCCUCAUGUGCAGCUUUUUCCGCAUCCUCAGCAGCAGCUGCAACCCCAACAGUUAUCAUCACAAGCAAUAUCUCAGCAACAUUUGCAAGAUGCAGGUGCAAGUGAAUGGAGUCCACAAAAUGCUUCUAUGUCAGAGUCCAUAUCCAUUCCUGCCUCACUUAAUGAUGCAUCUCUGGCUCAAAUGAAUAGUGAAGUGCAGCUCCUUACAGAAAAAGCUCUGAUGGAGCUAGGAGGUGGAAAGCCAUUGCCUCAUCCUCGGGCAUGGUUUGUUUCUCUAGAUGGACGUUCAAAUGCUCAUGUUAGACAUUCAUACAUUGAUCUCCAAAGAGCUGGAAGGAAUGGAAGUAAUGAUGCCAGUUUGGAUUCUGGUGUUGAUAUGAAUGAACCAAAAUCUGCCCGAAGGGGAAGAGGAGAUCAUUUGUCCCUGCAACAGACUCACCAGCCACUGCAGGCAAACCAUCAAAGAGAGCAGAAAGUUUCAGAUAGCACAGCUUAUACACAGCUUGUGUAUUUGGAUGAUAUGGACCAAAGUGGCAGUGAAUGUGGAACAGCAGUUUGCAGCCCUGAGGACAGUACCCUAAGAAACCUAUUGGAUGGAGCUAGCAGGAGAAGUGGGGUCCAGUUGCCCAGCCUGCAGGAGGAAACAAUAAAAAGAACUGUAGAAACCAUACCUGACCCACUAACUAGUCCCGAACACGGAACAUCCAUCCACGAUGAAGACGAUGAUGAUGAUGACGACGAUGAUGAAGAUGACCAAGGAGAAGAUAAAAAGAGUCCUUGGCAAAAACGAGAGGAAAGACCACUGAUGGCUUUCAAUAUAAAGUGAGCUAUUACAAAUCCACCUUUCUGUGGAGUAUGAAAUUGCCAAAUAUUCUUUCUGUGGAAGUGCUUAAUUGUUUGUGGAAGAGAAAAGGAAAAUCUUUGGUGGGCAACAUUGAAAGAACUUUAUAUGCAUUACUGUGUAAAUGUUAGAGAAGAAUUAAAUCAUUACUCUGAAAAGUGAUUUAAUGGAUGCCUCCGGUGAGACAGCUGUAAGAAGAGUGAUUGGUAUUCCAUUUACUUGAUGUUAGUCAUCAAGGAUGUUGAAAAUAUUGACAUUGUUUUGGCAGGUUUAUGACCUCAAAUCUCCUUUGAAUGGGAGCAGGUGAAACUUUGUUACAUUUUCUUAAGCCAAUUUUAUCAUGAUAAUGCUACUGAAAGGGUAUCUUAAACACAAGAAUUUGACACUUGGUGUCUAAAGUUAUGCAUUAUCUCAAAGGAAGGCUAUGCAUUGCUGCUUUUUAAUAUUUUGCUUAUACUAUGCUUUUCUUAUUUUUACAAGUUGGUUGUAAACAUUUAUGUCUUUAUUAUAAUCUGUUCAGCAAUUUGUUUUAAUGUAAAACUGAAGGAAACUUGAGUAGCAUCCCUUGGUAUUGGAGCCUUUUUAUGAAACGAAAUUGAACUUUGUGUCAGCUGCAAGCCCUCCAGUUCUGGUCUCAUUAACUCCAAGUGCCUUUUUUAAAGUAACAAUGAACAGUCCAUUCUUUUUCUAGUUGCUUUUAAUUGAUCUAUUUGGAUUUUAUAAAUUUCUGAAAUUAUACCUUUUAUUUUAAACUGCAUGCCACCAAGUGUCCCAUUUGUGCUGAGCAUUUCUCAUUUCAAUACAGUGUAUUCUCUAGUUAUCAUGUGUACUGUGGAUUCUGUUUAGCUAAGGUAGACUAGAGGACGUUUUAAAGGCCCUGAUGAAGCCAAGAAGAUAGUUUCAUUGACUGUAUAUGUGGUUACUUUCCUCUGGAAUCCUAUGAGCGAAUCUAGCUCAUAUAACAUGGACUAUGGACCGAGCAAGUGGACUGAAAUGUGCUUUAAAUUUUUGGAAAAAAAUUAUGUACUAUCCAAAAGUGCCAGAAUUACUCUUCUGUGCUUUCUCUUUACAGAGCUGCUUGGUUAUCCAAAAAUUAUAAUUGAAAAUAAACUUCAAAACAUUAACUUUGUGGGGGUUUUUCUCUAUCGGGAGUCUUCAUGUUGUUGAGUAGGCAAAACUAUUUUGGUUCGCUUUUUGUAGUACAAUUCUAUGGGAUUAAUUUAAUUUUUUUUAAAUCUCUUAACUAUUAAUUUACCCCACAUUUAGGCCCCCAUUCAGGAAAGCAUCCCUAGCCAGAAAAAUGCUUAAGCAGUGGGGGCAAUUGGGGUGAAAUCAGUUGGUCCAGGAUUUCACCCUACGACUUCAUUAUGUUCUUAAAGUUGUGUGUGUGCUUAAUUGCUUUUCUGAACUGGGUCCUAAGGGUAUAGGUAAAGAAGUGGGUCCUAAGUGUAUAGGUAAAGAAAAGAAGAUACAAUAAACGGAAUGUAGUGGAAUAAAUCCACAAAAGUGGAGGAUGUGUAUGUAUUUAGUUCUAUCAUUUCCCGUAGCAUUAGCAGCAGAUCUUAGUAGUUAUGCAUUAUGUAAUUUCUUGAGGCCUUUAGAGAAACUUUUUUAUAUUAAAUAUUUCAUGCUGAA